UCCGGCUGCGCACACGGAGCGUCUGCCGGCCGCCCGCUCGGGAGGGGGAGGGGAAUCUCCCGCCAUUUUUCAAUCCUCCCGCCCGGUCCCACCGCCGCCGCCGGGGCCGUUGGGUGCAGCCGCCGGGGCCGGCCAGGCCCCCGCCCUCCUCGCCAUGGCGCCGCUCCUGGGCCGCAAGCCCUUCCCGCUCGCCAAGCCGCUGCCGCCGGGGGAGCCGGACGAGCGCUUCGUCGUGCCGCACACGCAGGAGGCCUUCCGCACCCGCGAAGAGUAUGAGGCACGGUUAGAGAGAUACAACGAAAGAAUAUGGACGUGUAAAAGCACAGGAAGCAGCCAGCUGACGCACAAAGAAGCCUGGGAGGAGGAGCAGGAAGUUUCUGAGCUCCUGAAGGAAGAAUUCCCCAUCUGGUAUGAGAAAUUGGUACUGGAAAUGGUGCACCAUAACACAAUCUCUUUGGAAAAGCUGGUGGAUGCAGCCUGGUUGGAGAUCAUGACCAAGUAUGCAGUGGGUGAAGAGUGCGACUUUGAGGUUGGGAAGAAGAUGCUUCCAGUGAAAGUUGUAAAGAUACAUCCAUUAGAGAAGCUGGAUGAGGAAGCUUCUGAGAAAAAGUCUGAUGGUGUCUGUGACUCUCCAUCCAGUGACAAAGAGAAUUCCAGCCAGAUUUCCCAGGACAACCAGAAGGAGUCAAUCCUGAAGGAGGAUGACAACAGGAGGGAGAGUAUGAGUGAUCGGGCACGCAGAUCCCCUCGGAAGCUUCCUACUUCUCUGAAGAAGGAAGAGAAGAAAUGGGUUCCACCUAAAUUCCUGCCACACAAGUAUGAUGUCAAACUGAAAAAUGAAGAAAAGAUAAUCAGCAAUGUGCCAGCCGAUAGCUUAGUCCGUACUGAGCGUCCUCCCAACAAGGAGAUCCUGAGGUAUUUCAUCCGUCAUAAUGCACUGCGGGCUGGCACAGGCGAGAAUGCCCCAUGGGUGGUAGAGGAUGAGUUAGUGAAGAAAUAUUCUCUCCCCAGUAAAUUUAGUGACUUUCUACUUGAUCCACAUAAGUACAUGACACUUAAUCCCUCAACCAAGAGGAAGAACUCUGGGUCACCUGACAGAAAGCCCUCCAAGAAAUCAAAAACUGAUGGGUCUUCGCUGGGCCAGCCACUAAGCCCUACACUUUGGUGUCACGUGCAUUUGAAGAAAUCCAUUAUUGGCUCUCCACUAAAAGUGAAAAACUCUAAGAACCCCAAAUCCCCCAAGGAGGAGUUGGAGGAAGUGAUGAAAAUUGUGUCUCCAGGUAAACUGGGCUCUAAUUUCCAUGUUCCGAAGAGGAGUCGACUGGGAAAGGGCACUGAUAAAUCCUUGGAUAAGAAGCAGAAAGGCAAAAGGGUUCUGAAUGGACAGAAAUCUCCUGGGAAGUCAAAGUCCCCCAGAAAGGGUUUGAAAAAUCCCAAAAUGAAAAUGAAACAAAUGACACUAUUGGACAUGGCCAAAGGUACUCCUAAGGUGUCUAGGACUCCCAGGAACUCAGCAGGGACUCCCAGGUCCUCCAGCAAACCCCAGAAACAUCUGCCUCCUGCUGCCCUCCACCUCAUUGCCUAUUACAAGGAAAACAAAGACCGGGAGGAUAAAAAAAGUGCUCUGUCCUGUGUCAUCUCCAAAACAGCCCGGCUGCUCUCCAACGAGGACCGUGCCCGCCUUCCCGAAGAGCUGCGAGGAAUAGUACAGAAGCGCUAUGAACUCCUCGAGCACAAAAAGAAAUGGGCAUCCAUGACAGAGGAGCAGCGCAAAGAGUACCUGAAGAAGAAACGGGAGAAGCUGAAGGAGAAACUAAAGGAGAGAGCUAAAGAGCGGAAGGAAAAGGAGAUGCAGGAAAAACUGGAAAAGCAGAAGAGGUUUGAGGACCAAGAUCUUAAAGGGAAAAACUUGCCGGCUUUUAAAUUGGUGGAUACUCCUGAAGGACUUCCUAAUACACUUUUUGGGGAUGUGGCCGUGGUGGUAGAAUUCCUCAGCUGCUAUUCAGGUUUGUUGAUGCCAGAUGAUCAAUAUCCUGUUACAGCAGUCUCUUUGAUGGAAGCCCUGUGUGCAGAGAAAGGAGGCUUUCUUUAUUUGAACCGGGUGCUGGUCAUUCUUUUGCAGACCUUGCUGCAGGAUGAAAUAGCUGAAGAUUAUGCUGAGUUGGGAAUGAAGCUCUCCGAAAUACCCCUUACUUUGCAUUCUGCUUCUGAGCUGGUACGUCUGUGUCUACGCAAAUCAGAUGUACAAGAGGAAAGUGAGGUUUCUGAUACUGUAGAUGAGAGCAAGGAUUCAGCCACUUUUGAAGAUAAUGAAGUACAGGAUGAGUUUCUGGAGAAGCUGGAGACAUCAGAGUUCUUUGAGCUGACACCAGAGGAGAAGCUGCAGAUACUCACAGCACUCUGCCACCGGAUUCUGAUGACUUAUUCGGUGCAGGACCAUGUGGAGACCAAACAGCAGAUGUCAGCUGAGCUAUGGAAGGAGCGUCUAGCUAUGCUGAAAGAAGAGAAUGACAAGAAGAGAGCAGAAAAGCAGAAGCGGAAAGAAAUGGAGGCCAAGAACAAGGAGAAUGGGAAGGAUGAGAAUGCAGUGGGCAGGAAUGAAAAGAAGAAAAAUGAGAUGAUGAAGAUGGAGCCCCGGGUGGAAAUAGAAGCUGAUGAUAUGAUCAGUGCUGUGAAGAGCAGGCGACUUCUUGCCAUCCAAGCCAAGAAGGAGAAGGAGCAACAGGAGAGGCAAAUGAGAGUGAAAAUGGAAAAAGAAGCAGAAGAAGAGAGAAUCCGGAAACACAAAGCUGCAGCUGAGAAGACUUUCCAAGAUGGCAUUGCCAAAGCCAAGCUGGUGAUGCGUAGGACACCAAUAGGCACUGAUCGUAAUCACAACAGGUAUUGGCUGUUCUCAGAUGAGGUUCCUGGCUUAUUCAUAGAGAAAGGCUGGGUACAUGACAGCAUAGACUACAAGUUCAUCCUUCCCCAUCAAAAGAGGGGUGAAGAGGAGGAUGACUACAACCUAGUGGAUAAAAGGAAGAGCUUGGCUGCAGCUGGCAGAGUGAACACUCAUCAUGGAUCUCUGCAUGUUACAGACCUUUGCAUAGAGACCACUGUACCCAAACAGGGACAAAACUUAUGGUUUCUCUGUGAUAGCCAGAAGGAACUGGAUGAGCUGCUGGAUUCCCUGCAUGCCCAAGGGAUAAGAGAGAGUCAGCUGAGGGAGCGGCUGCAGAAAAGAUAUCAGGAUGUUGCACAUUCUAUCCAUUUGGCUCGGAAACAGAACUUGGGCCUGAAGUCCUGUGAUGGCAAUCAGGAGCUGCUGAACUACCUCAGAAGUGAUCUCAUUGAGGUUGCCACACGGCUGCAGAAAGGAGGGCUGGGAUAUGUUGAUGUGACGUCAGAGUUUGAAACCAAGGUGUAUUCAUUGGAGAACUUGAAAGAUUUUGGAGAGUGUGUGAUUGCCCUCCAGGCCAGUGUCAUUAAAAAGUUCCUACAAGGUUUCAUGGCCCCCAAGCAGAAGAGAAGGAAACAUCAAGGAGACGACUUUCUUGCCAAGGCUGAGGAGGUUGAUGAAGAGAAGAAAAUGGCAGAAGAAGCCAAGGUUGCAUCAGCCGUGGAGAAGUGGAAGGCAGCCAUCCGUGAGGCUCAGACCUUCUCCCGUAUGCACGUGCUGCUUGGGAUGCUGGAUGCCUGUAUCAAGUGGGAUAUGUCUGCAGAGAACGCCAGAUGCAAAGUGUGUCGCAAGAAAGGUGAAGACGACAAGCUGAUCCUAUGUGAUGAAUGCAAUAAAGCCUUCCACCUGUUUUGCCUGAGACCGGCACUCUAUGAGAUACCAGAUGGCGAGUGGCAGUGCCCAGCGUGCCAGCCCUCUACUGCCAGGCGCAGCUCUCGGGGCAGGAAUUAUGCAGAAGAUUCUGCUGAAGAGGAGAGUGAAGAAGGUGAGGAAGGUUCUGAUGAGCAAGAUGUGGAGGAAGAGGAGGAGGAGGAGGAAGAUUAUGAGGUUGCUGGACUGAAAUUGAGACCCAGGAAGACAGCCAGGGGCAAGCAACGCGUGUCUACGUAUCCUUCAAGGCAGGGCAGGCACCAAAGGAAGAAGCAAUUGCUGCACACCACCAGGGGACCCCGGCAGCGGGCCACACCUGUUAAUGGAGCAGACGUUGAUGAACUGGUGCUUCAAACAAAGAAGGUGUCACGUCGCCAGAACCUUGAGCUGCAGAAGUGUGAGGAAAUCCUCAACAAACUCAUUAAGUACCGCUUCAGCUGGCCUUUCAGGGAGCCAGUGACCACAGAGGAAGCUGAAGAUUAUUUUGAGGUCAUCAGCAACCCCAUGGACUUCCAGACUAUGCAGAGCAAGUGCUCCUGUGGCAAUUACCGCUCUGUACAGGAGUUCCUCUCUGACAUCAAACAGGUGUUCUCCAAUGCUGAGUGCUACAAUCAAAACGGGAGCCAUGUAUUGUCCUGCCUGGAGAAGACGGAACAGUGUUUGAUUGACAUGCUGCACAAACACCUGCCUGGCCACACGUACACCCGUAGGAAACGCAAGAAGCUGUCUGCCAGACGCCAGGGACUGGAAGAGCAGGAGGGGGACAGUGAGCCGGAGGCCAUCGAACAUUCCAGGGGGCGGAAGAGAAAGAAAUGAGGGACAGGGAGAUGAAGGGGAGAGACAGAGCUGGAGCAGGCAUAGUGGUGCUGCUGGGCAGCAGGAGUGGCUGGCUGAAGGGAGCUAGGAAGCAGCAGAUACUUCUCUACUAAUCCAGCCUUUCCUUUGACUGGUUCUAGAUUUAAUUUUUCUGUAACUUCUGGAAGUAUUUGGUCAUCCCUCAAGUUUGCAGAGAUGACUUACUGCUUCCAGCAAAAUACACACAACUCUUAUGGGAUGGUCCUGUCAGGAACGGUGGGAGGGCAAAGACCAGGGCAAGAGAGAGAACUGGCCGAGGCCUCAUUGGACAGAGGAGUGUGAAGCCUACUACAUUUUGGGGCACGGGUGGCUUUCUCAGAAUGGAGCUGCUUUCCCCUCCCCUUCAGCUGAGCAGCCAACGCUGGAGCACUGUGGGACCUCCUGCCAUCUGCUGCCUGUGAUGUGAAACCAGCCUUGAUCUAGCAUGGGGAGGGAUCAUAUUGCUUCACAGAAGGACUGGGCGUGAUCAAGCCAAUGGGCUGUUAGUUCUUGUAUGUAUAUAUUUAUAUGGUGUUAAUUCUGAGCCCCCAAUGAAGGGCUGUGUAGAGCAAGCAAGUGCUUACAUUUAUGGAAAUAUGGCUUUCACCAGCAUAAUACAAAUUGGCUUCAAGGUGCUCUUGCUUUUCUCCUCUGUCUCUUCUCGGGAGUGGUCUCCUGAGGUCAUGCUCUGAAAGGCUUGUCCUUUCUUCUGAGCACGGGGCUCCCACGUGGAUGUGGUAAAGGAAAGACAGUGGGUUUCCUUGCCCACCUUUUAACAGCACAUAAUCAUGUAGCCCCUUUUGAGCGGGUGACCCAAAUACCAGAGAUGUAUCGGAGAGCGUUUUAUUCCACACGUCCCAUAGAAAAGCUAUGGUGGGAAGAGGGUGAGCAGCAGGAACUUGUUCUGUGUAACUUUUUAAAUUCAUUUUCUAGUUAUUAAAAGUCGCUUGUUUCUAGCAGUGAUGUUGUACAAAGAACAUCUUGUAAGAUACUGUUGUCUUGCUUUGGCACAUGUACAGUUUAUAUGAGAACGUGUUAGUUUGCUUUAUAUUCCACUUUCUCCCCCCUCUCCCCCCGAACACUUGUUUUCCUAUCGAUAGCUGGAGUUAAGCAGGGAGAUUUGUUUGGGAGGGGGUGGGAGGUGUUCUCUAGACUUGCUUUCGUGUCCUUUUUAUAGUAAUGCCUCCACUAGUUCAGCUUCCCUUCCCCCAGCAUCCACCCAUCUGCCUCGGCUGCUUUCACGUGGCAGGUGGAAGGACUGUGACCCCUACAAUGGUGGUUGUCUGGUGGGGAAGUUGGGCCUUGUUGGAGAGAACAGGAAGUUGUUCUGCCAUGUAUCCUCAGCAGGUUAUGCCACUUUGGAUGGUGGCUUCUGUUUAAUCAUUUUUUAUCACCUCUCUCUUCCUAUCAUGACAGGUUGUGAUCAGACAAAAUCAGGGUUUGAACUUCUUAUUGUAGAAAUCUUUUUAUUUGGAGCAAAGGAGCCACGUGGAUAUUCUGUGCUGAUCUCUCUCAAAAAAAAAAAAAAAAAAAGAGGAAAAAAAAAAAGCUGGUGCAACUGCUCAGAUUUGAGAAUAAAAAUGCUAACAAAAAUUGCAGCCCACUGUUUUGUAUUCUUGUCAGACCCCAGACACUUGUUGUGGAUCAGUUCUGGACUAACGGUCACUGUUGUGAGAUUGCAGCAGAACCUCCAGUCUCCUCUUCUCCCCUCUUCCCUCCCGAGUCCUACCUUCCUACCCCAAAAAUAGCACUGAUGUUUGUACUUGGCACCCCCCUUUGAAGGCUUUGUUUUGUCUUGUUAAUAAAUAUUGAACAUUUUAUGCAGGUCCUACACAGUGAAACCUUUGGAACUGUACAUUUUUUUAAGAUAAUUGUCAUGGGGGAGGGGGGUUUCUGCUAAGGGCUGUACUUGUAAUAAUUUGGAAAUUUAAAAAUAAACAUUAUGUACUUGUGUUUGUAAAA